ACUCAAUAUGUUUACAACUAGUUUAGCAAAAUGAAUGAAGUGGAAGAUGUUGUAAAUAAUUUUAACAACCUGGCUAUCAAUGAAGUGGCAGUUAAUGAAGGCGUUGUAUCUUCUACUGAUGACAGAGACAAUGCGUUUAACUGUAAAACACAUGCAAGUAGUCACGAAAAACACUUAACAACUUGUGUAAAAGAAGAAAGAGAAGCACAACAAAAAAGUGCAACAACUGCUUUAAUAUAUGAUGAGAGGAUGCAGAACUAUUGGUGCAAGUCUAGUCCUGAUCAUGUGGAGCGACCAGCACGAAUAGAAUCUAUUUUUAAAAAGUUGAAUGUUGAUGGACUAGUCUCAAGAUGCAUUUUGCUUACUCCAAGAUUUGCAACUAAAGAAGAAAUUCUACUAAAACACACUGAAAAACAUUACAAAACAAUUAAAUCAGUUAAAAAUAAAACACUCAAACAGUUAUUAAAACUUGAAGAAAAUUACGAUUCCAUAUACUUUCAUAAAGAAGUGACAGAGGCAUCUUUUCUGUCAGCAGGGUGCACCUUGGAGAUUGUGGAACAAGUCUUAAAGGGUAAUGUCAAUAAUGGUGCUGCUGUAGUUCGACCACCUGGUCACCAUGCAUUGUCUCAUUGUUCAAUGGGUUUUUGUCAUUUCAAUAACGUAGCUUUGGCUGCUAUGUUAGCUGUUAUUAAAUAUAAUUUACAUCGUGUUUUGAUUGUUGAUUGGGAUGUUCAUUAUGGUAAUGGAAUACAUAAAAUGUUUGAAUCUGACCCACGGGUUUUAUACUUCUCCUUGCAUCGCUUUGAUAACCAGUUCUUUUGGCCUUGCUUGGCUGAAGGAAACUACGAUGCCAUUGGGACAGGGGAUGGUACUGGAUUUAAUAUACAUGUAGCUUGGAAUAAAAAAGGGAUGCAGGAUGUAGAUUACAUGUGUGCAUUUACACAUAUUUUAAUGCCAGUUGCAACUGAAUAUGACCCAGAACUUAUUUUGGUGUCUUCUGGGUUUGAUUCAGGUCACGGUGAUCCAUUAGGUUGUUGCAAAGUUUCACCGACUGGUUAUGCACAUAUGACCAAAAAGUUAAUGUCGUUAGCAAAUGGCAAAGUAGUUAUUGUUUUAGAAGGUGGUUAUAACUUGAAUACAAUUUCAAAUUCAAUGGCAGCAUGCGUUAAGACUCUCCUUGGUGAUGAAGUACCCCCACUGAAGUCAGGUGAAGCUAGUGUGAGUGCUGUGAAUUCAAUAUCAAAUACUUUGCAUGCAAUACAGCCAUAUUGGAAAACAUUAAGUGUUAUCGAGGAGAGGUUUUCAAUAGCAAAUAGACAACAGGAGGAAUAUGUUUAUGAGUCAUCAUCGGAUGAUGAAAAGAGUCUAGAACUUAUAUACGAUUAGAAUUUGUACUAUUUUAUUUAAAAUAAUUUGAUUAUUUUUGCUAUGCUUUUGUUGUAUAAUAAAUGUAAUUCAAAGCAGUAUGCAAUCUGUAAUAUCAGGAAAAAUGACAUAAUUUUUGCUACUCUUGAUUCUCACUUCUACAAAUGAAAAAACAGGUUGCUUCACAAUGAACUGCAGAAUUUUUUUAGCUGCAUAAAAAUUCUUGUCAAUGUAUUUUGUAAUACGAUGUUUCUUUAUUAACACUUUUUUGUUAUUUAAUUUUGUGGUUAGAAGUGAAUCUAAUGUUGUUGUUUUUGUUGUUAUUAUUUUUAAAGCAUUAUAUUUAUCUAGAAGUCUUUCUAGUGAUUGUCUGAUAAUUUAUAAAAAAUUUGUACAAAAGGAAAAUUUUUUGCAUGUAUUUUGUUUGUACUAAAAUUUCAAUUGUACAUACUUUUUAUGCACAAUAUUUUUAUUUAUUUUGCAAAAACAUUUUACAAAAAGCUGACCGAAUAUCUUUGGUAAAUAUGUAUUACUAGGGUUGAUCUAUAUUGUAAUACCUGUAUACGUCUGUCUGUCACGCAAAAUAGUACCGCAAGUAUAGCAAACCCGUGGAAUUUUCUACAAGCUACUGACUAGUUUUAAAUAAAACAUGGUCGUCAGUCUUAAA